AACACUGUUCUAUACUUACUCAUUUUACAGCACUAGACAACAGCUGUUACAAAAUAAAAUCGUGCGGAAAAUUAAGCAUUUUCGGCUUAAAAUCUGUUUUAAACAUGGCCAAGAUUAUUAAGGCGUCCACAGGUUUAACCGGACUCGCCGUGUCCUCCAAUCCUCACCAUGCCCUGAGCGCCCUCUACGGGAAGAUCCUGCGGGCGGUGUCCAAAAUGCCACAGGAUGCCAGUUACCGGAAAUACACCGAGCAGCUGGUCAAGCAACGCGCCGAUGCGGUGGCCCAAAACAAAGACAUCGCCGCCCUGGAGAAGGCCGUGGGCUGCGGUCAGGUGGAGGAGCUCAUCGUUCAGGCGGAGAACGAGCUGGUGCUGGCCCGCAAGAUGCUCGGCUGGAAGCCCUGGGAGAAGCUGGUCCAAACCGCACCUGCCAAGCAGUGGGACUGGCCGCCAGCCCAGAUCCUGGAGCCCAAGGUUUAGACCGCCCUACGCUUUACACAUAGUACUAAUUAUUCUAUAUGAAUUGGAAAUGAGAAGAGAGCAAUAAAUCCGUUGAUAAGCCGGCCGCAUUAUCAACAAAAUUGUUGA